CUCGACUCUGGGCUCUGUGGACCGGCGAGUGACUUGGACGCUUACUUCGGUGAUCGACCCUGAGAAUAAAAGAAAAGAUAGGCGUUAAGAUAAAUUUAUAAUGGCAAAAGCUAACCACGUAUUGACAUGGCAAAUCGGCACCAAACAGAAGAUUUGUUAAAAAGCAGCACACAGAAGAAAGCAGCGGCAGAAACAGCAGUUAACUUAAGAUUAGUAAACAGAAGUCCACUGCUUUUAUAAUACAUCUAUUUCGGAGAAAAAAUGCGAAUAUCAAAAACUAUAAAAACAGGUUAUUUUUCCAACGUAACAACCUCCGCCCAGAUCAACCAACAAUUGCAACGCCGCUGCUGCUCAACAAGUCUACUGCCGCUACUUUCGUCUACGUCGCUGCUGUUCAACAAGUCUCCUGCCGCUACUGUCGUCUACGUCGCUGCUGCACAACACCACCAGUCGCAAUGUCAGUCCGAAGUAAGUUGGAACUUUUUUCGAUUUUGCUUAAUCUCUAAGUCAAUUGGCGUUUACUUUUCAGGCUCGGUCAGCGAGAUAAACGUCGACGUCAAGCGCAAGCAAUAUGACCCCAGGAUCGAGUUCGUUGAGAGGAGCAGGCCGCCGAAAGUUAAGAAAGUGGGCUACAACUCCUACCUGAAUGGCAUUCUCUACGUUGGUGAUGAGGUCAUCGGGCUGAAUGACGAGGAGAUCCGGACAGCAGAUGACUUCAACAGGAUCGCUUGUGCUCGCAGUACUGAACCAGUCAGGCUCCGAAUCCGAGUGCGCCGGGACUGCUACUACAAGAUCACCAUCAAGAGGGUGGAAGGCGAACAAGGCAAUGGGGAGGUGCUGGACUUGGAGAUCAAAUGGCGACGGGGCGGUAUGCCUCUAGGAGUGAGCAUGGAAGAAAGUCGGGUGAGUCGAUCGGGUUUGGUUUAA